ACCGGGGUACCUUCGUCUAGCUAUAGGAUAACUUUUCAGUAGGCGGUUUUCCUCUACACCAUUAGAACCAUAUAAACAGCAUUAAUUGUGCUAAUGGUACUAUGGGAGGAGAUCAAGAGAAAAACUCUGUUGCACUAGAGACGGCUGGUGCUCCCAAGAGUGUCGAAGAAGAGGCGAUUGCUACGGAUGUUGAUGAAGUCAAACCUAUUGAGGAGGAAUUCACUAUUAAACGACAGGUAUCGGCGGCUACUUUAGAGGAAAUUGCACAGAUAGAACAGUCGUUCACGGGUCUUUGUGAACAUUACCGUUUAAUUGACAAAAUUGGGGAAGGUACAUUUUCAAGCGUCUACAAGGCUGAGGAUUUAAAAUAUGAUGAUUAUGUAAAUGAUUGGGACAUGCAAGCAAAUUUAGGUCAAGAUAAAAAACGACAGCGUCUUGUCGGCUUACCACAAAAAAGAAGUAAAUAUGUUGCUAUUAAGCGGAUUUACGCAACCAGUAGUCCUCAACGUAUUUACAAUGAGCUUGAGAUUCUCUACCUUCUUCGAGGCUCUCCAGUAAUCGCCCCUAUUGUCACAGCUUUACGACACGAAGACCAAGUACUGGCUGUGCUUCCUUACUUUGAACAUACGGAUUUCCGCAAAUUCUACAGCACCUUCUCGUACGCAGACAUGAGCUGUUACUUUCGAUCCCUUUUCCAGGCUCUCCAACAGACGCAUGAGCUUGGCAUAAUACAUCGUGAUAUAAAACCUAGCAACUUUCUUUUCAACGUCGAACAAAAACAAGGCAUCCUGGUUGAUUUUGGAUUGGCUGAACGAAUGGAAGAUCGCAGUCGUUCGCAUCCAUGCAAGUGUGCCGCUCAAACCGACAACUCGACAAUCGCUGACUAUAUACCUCCAUUUGCCUCAUCUUUAGGUUAUGUUAAAAAUGAUAUUCGACCGAGCAAACGUGCUAAUCGUGCUGGUACUCGAGGGUUUCGAGCACCAGAAGUACUUUUCAAAUGUUCGUCUCAAACAACAAAAAUUGAUAUAUGGGCUGCUGGUGUUGUACUAAUGUCUUUCUUAACUAAACGGUUUCCCAUGUUCAAUUCACAGGACGACACCGAUGCCCUGAUGGAAAUCGCUUGCAUCUUUGGCAAGCAGGAAAUCAGACAGUGUGCUGCACUUCACAACUGUGUUUUUGAAACGAAUGUCAAUACGCUUACAGAAAAACGUGUCAGCUUUCGUAAACUGAUUCUAUGGGCAAGCUGUGGAUCAGCGAGCACAUAUAAAGAUAAGUUGAGUCAGAAGCCCUCUAAAGAAGAAUUAUUGAGCAUAGACUUCUUGGAGAAAUGUCUUGAACUCAACUGUAACAAGCGAAUUACGGCACAGGAGGCCCUUCAACACAAAUUUCUUUGGUUGGAUCAGCUUGAACGUGAGGAUGAAUCGCUUGAGGAUUUGGAUGCUACGGAAGAAGACACUGAAAAUGAUGCCGACGAUGAUGUUCCACACAUAUCUCGGAUCUUUGAAACCACUGAUCCUGUCAUGCCCAAAACUCCUAGAACACCCAACACGCCCUGUACCCUAAAAAGAAAAACGAUUACUUAGUAUGUUGCAUAAAUGAAUGAAUGGUCCGGUAUGAACUUUUAACAGAAAUUGAUCUUAAAGUUGCAAAUAAGCCGACAUAAGCGAGAAGAAAACCUCUCAGUGGAAGACGCAGCAAAGUUAACUUCGAAUUCUCGCACUCAAGAAAACGCGACGGAGGAACAUACACACUACUUGCCUGUCUCAGUGUCCAUACCCACUUCACAAGCACCACUGUACAGCUGUUCACAAUGUAAAUACGAAAACCAACCCAACUACAACCCCACCUUCGACAUUAGCAACAAAAGUGUUGAGAUCCACUAUGAGACAUUCCAUCUUAUUAAGCGACGAGCUCAACAACACCACCGGCAGCCUUGAUUUUCUCCUCAGCCUUGCGGGAGACGUAACGAGUUUGGACGAUGACGGGGGUCUCGGGAAGACGACCCUUACCCAAAACCUUACCGUAGCCAGCGUUGAGGACGUUGAUCACAGGAGCGACCUCAGUGUUCUUACCCAAGUACUUCUCGCGAGUCUCGUUGGGAACCAAGGUCCAAAGGCGGUCCAAGUUGACGGUAGGACGCCAUCUGGGGUUGUUGUCACGGUUGAAGUGACGCAUACCCACCUUACCAAAGUAACCAGGGUGGAACUUAUCCAUGUGGGUACGUUGGUGAUGCAAGCCACCAGCAAGACCACGACCACCAGGAUGCUUUCUGUGCUUGCCAAUACGACCGUGACCAGCAGAGACGUGGCCACGAAGCUUGCGAGUCUUAGUUGCGUGAGUAGGCAUCUUAUUAGUCCUUUGGCUUUGGUGUUGUUGGCAGAGGUUUGUUGUAUCGUUUGGGUCACAUAAUCCAAACGAAAAAAGCAGUCACGCCUAGUGGUGAUAUAAUAAAGAAACUUCGGUAGCUUAUUUCAACGUGCCAAUUACCAAC